CACUGUAGCAACGAGGAUGCCUCAAGAAAGAGCGCGCGUCUGUGCGGAGGGGAAUUUAUGGCUCAGCCCAACUCCAAUAUGGCGACGAGCAGUGACGUACACAACCUCGCGAGAGGCAGAGCGCGCGAUUUGGAGGACCCGCGCUUCCGCCUGAGGGGCGGGAUCCCCACCGAUAGUAGGAAUCCAAACUUUAAAAGGCACUCGACGUUGUUUGCAAACAGACUAAGGAAGUGGAAAAUAGUUGAAGAUGAAGGCAUUUCAGACCCUUUGCAAGCAGCUCAGGUCCAAGGCGUUUUCUGUAGAACCAGCCCACAUUGCUGGUUUUUCCACUUCCUCUUAUUCAUGUGGUCCAAAGAAGAAAAACCCCUAUGAAGAAGUGGACCAAACCAGAUACUCUGAGUUAGUAAAGUCAGUCUUGUCCUUCCGAGGUCCUGCUCAGACUCCAGAAUCGCUGCUGGAGGAGGAUGCUUUACUCUUUGGACCUGUGAGUAAGGCCAAACCCCCAAAGCAAGACAAAGCCAGAGUUCCCCGGAACUGGUUUCCUAUCUUCAAUCCAGGCCGAAGCCUAAAACCAAACACAAGUGAGCCUUCAGUUCCUUUGAAAAUCCCUCUGCAAAGGAAUAUGAUACCAAGUGUGACCCGGGUCCUGCAGCGGACCAUGACAGCAGAACAGAUUUUCUACUUGGAGAGGUGGAGACAGCGAAUGAUUCUGGAGCUGGGAGAAGAUGGCUUUGCAGAGUAUACUUCAAACAUUUUUUUGCAAGGGAAGCGCUUCCACGAGGCCCUGGAAAACAUACUCUCAGCCGAGGGGAACAUAAAAGAGGAGGAUGAAAGUCCCCUUGCCUGUGGCCACAUCAGAAGUGUGCAGCAUCUUCUGAAAGAUGUGUGUGGAGUGCGUGCUCUCGAGAGCGCCGUCCAGCACAGGGCUCUGCAGUACGUGGGGCUGCUGGACUGUGUGGCUGAGUACCGAGGCAAGCUGUGCGUGAUCGACUGGAAGACAUCAGAGAAGCCGAAGCCCUUCCUCCAGAACACAUACGAUAACCCACUGCAGGUGGUGGCGUACAUGGGUGCCCUGAACCACGAUGCCAACUACAGCUUCCAGGUGCAGUGCGGCCUGAUCGUGGUGGCCUACAAGGAUGGCUCCCCCGCACAUGCCCACUUCCUGAACGCCGAGCUCUGCUCCCACUACUGGGCCAAGUGGCUGCUGCGCCUAGAGGAGUACAAGGAAAAGGUUCGGAGCCAGGAUGGCCAGAAGCCAGGAGAAGGCCAGGACGCAGCCAGAGCAGGUGCUGCUCUCCCUGUAGGAGAAGAGGGAUCGCUGUCUCCUGCUUGCUGAGAGCCAAGUGCCACACCGGCAGAGGCAGGAGGGUUGCUCUGCUGAAAUGCACUAGUGCUGACAAAGGUCAGCCGCGGCACUGGCAACACCACCCUGACACGUCUUGACCUGACAGACGGGGAGCAAGGGAGCAGGCCCAGGCAACUCUCACCCCCCUGGACACUUCUUCAUCCUUGGCACAGCACUUGGGGCUUCAGUUAAGUCGGAAGGGGCUUAUGGGCCAAGGCCCACCCAGGGUGUGUGUGCCACCCCAUGCCUUCUUAUGGCAUGUGCAUAGACUGAGGUGCUCUUUCCCAUCAGGGAAAUAAGCUGUUUUUUGGUUUUUUCCUUUUUGGUUUUUUUGGUGAGGGGUACCAGGGAUUGAACUCAGGACCUUGCACUUUCGAGGCAGACACAGUGCCACUGAGCUAAAUCCCUGGCCCAUCUUUUUUGGUUUUUUGAGACAAAAUCUCACUGUGUAGUCCAGGCUGACCUUGAAC